AUGGUUGCAGCAUUCUUGGUCGCAUUUUAUGCAGCCUUCGGAACAGCAGAGGCUAUCCGACACACACAAGCACAAGCGCGAAGGAAAGAACACCGCAGCCGCAAGAACAACCUACUCAUCCGAUGCCGUAAGUCGACACGGUACUUUUCAGAGAUUGAAGGAAGACGUGUAGUUCUCUCUGGAGACAAGCUUUUCGUCGACACUGGCCUUGACCCUGAUUCGGCUUUCGGGCACCCAUUUGCAGGAUAUUACCUGCCGUACCCUGAUAGCCAACAUUCAGGUCUUGUGUCAACUAUUUGUGACGAGCCGCCUAUCAUGAACUGGAUCUACGUGGAUCGAGACUCGUACGAAAUCAAGUUCGGAACUCGUCCGUACGCUCAGCCGAACCUGACGGGGCCGUUUGAUUGCACAACGCAGGAUAAGCGACUUACCUUCGCCGGUUGGGAGGGGUUUUUCGCCGUCAAAACGGGUGAAUUUUGGGCACUCUACUUUGAUGUUGAUCAAGACGGAUUAAAGUCAAAGCUCGGGGAGGGUGUCCUUGCUCUCGAAGUGGAUCUCCUGCGGGUGGAAAUGCCUGUCAAGCCGGUCAAAGAAGAUGAGCCGGAGAAUGCACAGCAACAGGAGGUGAAAUCGACCGGUCAAGAGGGAACAGAGAGCAACAUCAGCAAUAUCAACAACGACAUUAAAGCGGGAGGUCAUGAUGUGGAUCUGGAGUCCCCUGAGGUUGAUUGA